AUGAAGUCGCCAUCCAAACCCGUAGAUUUUCAUCAGCAUAUAGACUUGCAUGUAAAAACUUUGAAACUUAGCGGAUUAUGGUUCUACAUUCCAUACCCUACGUUAUCCAUCUGGUUUUGGCUACACAUAUUAAUUCGCGUGGUGUACGGGAUAUUCGCUUUUACUAUACCACCGUUGGCACAGAUAGCUUAUGUAGUGAAAUUGUUGUCUUCGGACGAUCUUGAGAUUCAGCACAUCGCUUCAAGCAUCAACUUAAUCCUUACGGAACUGUUCGUUUCCAUAAAACUAUUCGAUAUGUUCCACCAACGAGACCUGAUCACCAAGCUGUUUGGCCAGCUUAACGGCGUCGAUUUCCAACGGUCUACUCACAGGCACAUUUUGGAACGCGCCAUCAAGUUAUCGAGGACUUUGUACUGGGUGCUCUUUUUGGGCGCAUCUAUGGAUGUAUUUGUUCACAUGGUGGUGGUGCCAAGUUUGAACAGAUUCCGAACUUUGCCGGUGAAUAUGGACUUCAUUUUUUUUGACGUUAAUGAGCCACCAUAUUUCUACUACGCUUGUUUUUACCAGAUUAUAUACAAACCGCUGAUAGUAGUACUAUGUGUUACGAUGCAAACCUUGCCUUGGUCCUUGUUGUCAUUCGCAAUCGCCCAGCUGGAUAAUCUAGCAAAUAACUUCAAGAAUAUGAAGACGCUUACGAGAACAACCAUGGCAGAGAGGAAGUGCGACAAAAAUGAUGCCUUCAGAGUUCUGUUUGACCGUUUUAUAUUACAACAUCGAGCAAUUAUAAGGUUUGUCGCCACCGCCGAAAAAGCUUUCGGUGGGCAGUUUGCGGUGACUUUGAUAUUGAGCGCGGGUAUUAUUUGCACCACUGGCGUCCAAUUCCUUUCGAUUGAAUCGCCGUCCAAGGAUUUAGUAAGCGUGUGUUGGAUAAUGGCCUACAUGAUGAUUUUAGCUUUGAUGUUAUUCGGCGAUUGCUAUUUUGGGAAUGCCAUUUACGUAAAGAGCACAGAACUAGCAACAGCCGCCUACAGCUGUCCCUGGCUGGAGAUGCCGAAAGAUCUGAAGAAGAACCUGGUGCUGGUGAUAGCUAGAGCACAGAAGCCUCUGGCUCUGACUGCCUACAACCUCGUCACUGUGUCCUUACCCACGUUUACUACGGUUAUGAAUUGGACGUAUAAAGCCUUCGCCGUUAUGAAUGGGAUGAAGUAA